AUGAAGACGCUCGGUUCCCUGACGGCGGUUCUGCUGUUCUCCGGCAGCGCGUUCGGCGCCAAGUUUCGACGCCAAAAUGUCGAACCAACCCCCACCGCCGUUGAAUCCGGCUCCAGGACCCCAACGGACGGCCUAGAGGACAUUACCUCGACGGCGACGCAGACCAGGAGCACCCCGACGGGAAGCCCGCUCGCCUUCUGCCAGUCCAUCUUCGAGGACUACCUCGAGGGCCUCCCCGCGGUGCCCACCGAGGCCCUCUCCUUUUCCGAAGAGUACUACAGCUCGCACACCCGCACGGCCACGGAGACGCUCUCCGACUGCGCGUGGGUCACGGCGAUCCCGGAGUCCAUCGACGUCCCCAUGGUGGACUACUUUGAGAAGCUUCUCGACUUUUUCAACGAUCCCGGCAAGCAGGUGCAGCAGGUGACGCUCUCCGGGUGCAAGAACCUGGAUUGGAAUAGCACGGACGACGCGGUGAGCAUCUGCGAAGAGUUCGACACGUAUGCCGAGGAGUUGGAGAAGAGGGCGGACGAGAAGGGAUUGCGCUCUGAGCCUGCGGAUGACGAUGACGAUGACUCGGCGGGUGCGGCGACGCGUCCUACGUUGUUGGUGACGGGCUUGUUGGCAUACGGUGCCUUGGCAAUUGGAUGGGGGCUUCUAAAUUAA